AUGGCUACUGAGGCGGAGGCGACUCCUCCGUCUUUCUCGCCGUCGGCCCCGUCGGCCGCGUCAUCGUCGAGUCCGUCAUCCGCGUCGACGGCGACCGACCAACCGUCUCAAUUGGUUGCGUCGGUCUCUACGGUGCAACCCGUGGAAGCCACGGCUAUCAUUGCCGUUGGCUCGUCAUCCGGUCGCACAGCUACGGUUCGAGCCCUGUUGGACCAGGGCGCCGAGCUGUCCUUCAUAUCCGAACGAUUAGCUCAGCUGCUCCGCAUACAACGUUUCAGCGCGCCGGUAACUUUGUCAGGAAUUGGUUGUGUUAACGCCGACUCCUUUAGCCAAGCAGCACGCAUCUCCGUCUCGCCGCCCGGGAAAUUGUCGCCGUCGUUCUCUACCGAUGCGGUGAUCCUCAAGAAGCUGAGCUCGUAUGCUAUGAAGCGAGUUGUAGAUUUGUCGUCUCUGUCUCACCUCGCAGAUUUACAACUCGCCGAUUCAGAUCCUUUCAGUGCCAGUCCGGUCGAUGUAAUAAUCGGUGCCGAUCUUUUCUGUGACGUAUAUCUGCCGGGAUGCCACAAGAGCGAUAUCGGUCAGGUGUUUGCGCAAAACACUAUUUUUGGUUGGGUCAUAUCCGGCCCUCUUCCGUCAGACUCGACGACGUCUCACCACUCCUUCGAUUCCGUCGCGUCGCGCCCGGCAGCGCAGGUUUCCAUCCAUCACAGUGCCGCGUCUCCCUCCCUCGAAGAAGAAAUUCGGCGCUUCUGGGAAAUCGAGGAAGUUCCCCAGCGGACUAUUCUUUCCGCCAAGGACGAGAGAUGCGAGGAAUACUUUCGUCGGCUUCCAUUCAAACGAGGGCCUCCGAUUGACAUCGGAGAAUCGCGCGUUCGGGCUGAGCAGUGUCUUCGCUCAAUCACGCGACGAUUAAACAAUCAUCCCGAAGACGCCCGCGAGUACGCAGAAUUUCUCGCGGAAUACGAACGGCUCAGGCAUAUGCGCAAAGCUCCUGUCACGUCCGGGGAAGUCGUUUAUAUUCCGCAUCACCCGGUUUUUCGCGAGUCGAGCGCGACGUCUCAUUUACGCGUGGUGUUUAAUGCGUUAAGCGCUACUUCGAACGGGACGUGUUUAAAUAAUCACUUGCUAUCUGGGCCAAAGUUACAGACGGAUUUACCGGCGGUUAUAUUAAAGUGGCGGACCUUUCAAUACGUUUAUGCCGCGGAUAUAGCCAAGAUGUACCGUCAAAUCCUAAUCGAUCAACGAGAUAUAGAUUAUCAGCGCAUAUUGUGGACGCCAAAACCGGACGCGCUACCGGUCGCGUUUCAAUUACUCACGGCAACAUACGGCAUGUCUUGCGCCGCGUUUCUAGCUCUCCGCGUUAUCCUCCAGUUAGCAAAAGACGAGAGACUGGAUUUCCCUCUCGCUGUGUCUAUUCUCCUCGAACAUAUUUACGUGGAUGACGUUUUAUUCGGAGACGAUGAUCCCGAUCGGUUACGGAAAAUACGUGAUCAGCUGAUCCAAUUGUUGCGACGCGGCGGCUUCGAGCUGCGUAAAUGGUCGAGCAAUUCACCAUAUCUCCUCGCUGACAUCGACACCGACAAUUUCGGAUUGGCAUGCUCCAGGAAUUUGGAUGCCGACGAAAAUAUUAAGAUCCUGGGGGUCGUUUGGAACCCGUCGUCGGACGCGUUCCAAUUCUCGGUGCGAUUGGACUUAGCGACUCCUCGCAGCAAACGCGCGGUUCUCUCUGCCAUUGCCAAGCUGUAUGAUCCUCUCGGUUGGGUCACUCCGGUUACCAUCAACGCGAAGGUGUUCAUGCAGCAGCUCUGGCGCGAGAAAGUCGGCUGGGACGCGGACCUCCCUGAAUCACUCUUGGCGCGAUGA